AUGUCUUCACCAACAACUGCCCUCGCCUCAGACACUCGCGUCCCCACGCGCCGCACAUCCUGGAAAUCAUACAACAACACAUACACCCCUCUAACUGCAAACCUCUCGGAGAAACAACACAUGAUCCCCCCACCCAUCAACACCACCAGCAACCCUUUCCUCGACUCCCCCUCCUCCGCCACCGACAUUGAGGCGCAAACCUCCGACCUGCCCUUCCCCCCCAAGCCCAAAAAAUCCAGCAAAUCCCGGCUGUGUGGGCAAGUCCUGUGCUCGCUGGUGUUCAUCGCGACUUGUGUCGUCGGCAUUCUUUUCCUGCUGAAUUCGGGGUUCCCAGGGGCUGUUGGGUAUGAUCGGAUCCGCGAGAUGAAGAAUGAGCUCGUCGAUACGGAGCGUGCGGUUGAGGUACUCAAGACGCAAAUGGGGGCGAUGACAGGUUAUUUUAGGGGCUUGAAUUUUAAGGGGAUGGGGGAGGGGCUGUUUGUGGGGAAUGGGACGAUGAGGGGGGCGGUCAAUGCGUCGGUGGAGGGAUGGGGAGAGGGUGGAAUGGUGGGGGACGGGAUUGUAGAUGGAAUGGUGGAUGGGGUGGGGUUGUGA